CGUCAGACCGUAUUCAACGGUGUAUAUAGACCCACAGAUUCUUUGAUGGCAUAACUCAGGGCGCCGAUUCACUACUAGCUUGCAAUUGACAUCCAGGACCCCCAAAAGUAAUUUUCAAAACCCACCAUACCAAAACCAACAGUGAACAUCAUGGCACCAGCCCCCAUUCACUCAGACAUAGUUGACGUCGCCCCGCCCAUCAAGGAUACCCUUGGCCUCCCGGGCCCGGCGCUAGCCCGCCUCCAGAAAGCCGGUGUCGACCUGUCCAAUGGAUACCCGUACCGGCCGUCACGCCCGCUCUACCUGCAGGACGUGUACAAGAUCCGGGGCGAGGAAUGGAAGCACAACGACGCCGGUGCCCGGGCCGACAAGUCCAAGAGCGCGUUGCUCUCAGCGGCUACCAAAGUCACGGAUUUAACGACUCAUAUCGGGACCGAGAUUGAGGGCUUGCAGCUUAAGGAUCUGACAGAUCAGCAGAAAGAUGAACUGGCGCUGCUGAUUGCCGAGAGGAGCGUUGUGUUCUUCCGGAAUCAGGAUCUGAGCCCACAGAAACAGCUUGAGCUGGGGAGGUACUGGGGUGAAGUUGAGGUUCAUCCUCAAGUCCCCCAAGUCCCCCACAACCCGGGCGUAUCAGUGAUAUGGCCGGCGCUCCAAGCCACCGAACGCCCGGCCUCCUUCCGGCAACCCGGCGGCGCAUCCAGCUGGCACACGGACCUAGUGCACGAGCUGCAACCCGCGGGUAUAACGCACCUGCACAACGACACGAUCCCACCCAUAGGCGGCGACACGCUCUGGGCGAGCGGGUACUCCGCCUACGAGAAGCUAUCCCCUGAUUUCCGCAAGAUCAUCGACGGGAAGCACGCCGUCUACCGAUCUGCGCACCCUUAUUUGGACCGAGAGAAACCGGAGGCGGGACCCAAAUUCAUCGAGAGGGUGCACCCGCUUGUACGAGUCCAUCCGGCGACGGGGUGGAAGGCGUUGUGGGUUAACCGCGCCAUGACGGAUCGGAUUGUCGGGUUGGAUCGGGCGGAGAGCGAUGUGAUACUGAAUUACUUAUAUGAUGUGUAUGAGCGGAAAGUGGAUAUCCAGGUGCGAUUCAAGUGGACGCCGGGUACGUCGGCGUUGUGGGAUAACAGAAUCACGAUCCAUAACGCGAGCUGGGAUUAUGGGGGCAAGCAUCCCAGGCAUGGAACAAGAGUCACAUCGUUGGCUGAGAAGCCUUACUUCGACCCGGAUGCGCCGACCAGACGUCAGGCGUUGGGGUUGCUGGACGAGGGGGAGUUGCCAGUCGACGGACCUCAUUAGGUAGGAGGGACUUGAAAUUGUGAAGUCUCGGGAAUUUGUAAUAAUCUUUUCUAAACGAUAUGGCAUGAAUACUAUCGACUUAUCCCUUGUCACCUCCACGACUAGGCAUCUAUAUGAAAGGCACCAUAAUGCUACAGCUGUGGCGUAUGGUCUGCAUAGAAACCCCCGCAGCCUUUCCCAGCAGAACGUGUGAUGUCUUACAAAGCUGCAUACUCUACCUCAGUGUCCCUAAGAAAGCAGUACUGACGGACUGUGCGUCCGGAACAUGCCGUUAAAUUGUGC